CCUCCUGCCGCCGCCGCCGCCGCCGCCAUGUUCUACUUCCACUGCCCGCCGCAGCUGGAGGGUGCCGCGCCCUUCGGGGGCCCUUCGACGACCGACUUCGACGACGGCUUCUUGCGCAGGAAGCAGCGGCGGAACCGAACCACCUUCACCCUGCAGCAGCUGGAAGCGCUGGAGGCCGUCUUCGCGCAGACCCACUACCCGGACGUCUUCACCCGCGAGGAGCUGGCCAUGAAGAUCAACCUGACCGAGGCCCGCGUCCAGGUCUGGUUCCAGAACAGGAGGGCGAAGUGGAGGAAAACCGAGCGAGGCGCUUCGGACCAGGAAGGGCCCAAGGAGACCAUCGCGGAGGUGACCCCCCCUGGAAGGAACUUGAACUCCCCCUCCCCAGCGGACCAAGCCAGGAAUAAGAAGGAAACCCUGGAGAUUCAACAGAGCCUCAGCAGAGCCGUCGGCCCUUCCGGGCCCUUCUUCCCCUCGUGCCUGCCUGGGACCCUCCUCAACACGGCCACCUAUGCCCAGGCCCUCUCCCACGUGGCCUCCCUCAAAGGCAGCCCACUGUGCUCCUGCUGUGUUCCCGACCACAUGGGCCUCUCCUUCCUCCCUACUUACGGCUGCCAGAGUAAUCGCACAGCAAGUGUGGCCGCCCUGCGAAUGAAAGCCCGGGAGCAUUCUGAGGCAGUGCUGCAGUCUGCUAACCUCCUGGUCUCCAGCAGUCCCAGCCCUGCCCCGGGGACGAAGCCUGGCUCAGAGACUGCCCUGGAGAACAAACCUCCUUCUGCCAUGGACCAGAAUGAAAGUGAGAAUAAUGUCUGA